GUCACGACACAAUCUGGCCACAUGACCGCCACUAUAAAUACGGAAGCUAAACCAGAUGUGGGGAAGAGCAAACAAUCUCCCUGGACGUCUUGACCUUCUCCUCAUCCUCCCAUCUCCACACUCAACAGCUCCCCAUUCAGUCUCUAUCAGUCCAAUAACACCUUAUAAUCAUGACGACUCGGUACCGCGUUGAAUGUAUGACGCACAUCGGCUCCGCGUCGCAUCGUCGCGACCAGUUGAUAGAAUGGGUCAAGGGCCUUCUGGCUGUUCCAUUCGUCCUGCAUUCACAACCUACUGCUGUCUACCAGGAGCAUGGCGAGAACCUCGUCGCCAUUGCGGCCGAUACCCAUCAACGUUAUGCGGAGAUCUUCCGGGAUGUUGAGAAUCUCAUGCGCGAUCAUAUCCACCAUCAAGCAACGGGAGCGCCCGGUAAAUCGAAGCUCAAUCUCCUAGUGCCAACCGUUGGCUCCUUCUUCACACCCCUCCCCCUCGAAGACGCCUUCAAGUACCAGGACAGUCAACGCUUCAUCAGCCGGCGUCGCUUUGUUGCCCCGUCCUUCAAUGACAUCCGCCUCAUCCUCAACUCGGCGCAGCUCCUGGGCCUCUUUCGCACCUCCGGCCUCGAUCUGGUGACCUUCGACGGAGAUGUCACCCUUUACGAUGACGGCGCUUGCCUCACCGACGACAACCCCGUCAUACCCCGCCUCAUCCGUCUCCUCCAGCAAGGCCGCAAAAUCGGCAUCGUCACGGCCGCUGGCUACACCGAAGCACCCAAAUAUUACGAACGUCUGAAGGGUCUCCUCGACGCCGUCCACAACUCGGACGUCCUCACCCCGGCCAACCGCGACGGUCUCGUAGUCAUGGGCGGUGAAAGCAACUUUCUCUUCCGCUACGACCACACCUCCCCCGAUAAGCUUGCCUACGUCCCCCGUGAACAAUGGUUGCUCGAGGAGAUGCACUCGUGGCAGGAUUCGGACAUCACGCAGCUUCUGGACAUCGCUGAAUCCUCCUUGCGCGCUUGCGCCAAGAAUCUGAACCUCCCCGUCGCCGUGCUGAGAAAAGAUCGUGCCGUGGGCGUGUAUCCCCUCGAUCGGACGAAGGUUACCCGAGAACAAUGGGAAGAGACGGUCCUGGUUGUCCAAAACACUGUCGAGCGAUCGGUCGUCGGUACUAGGCUGCCCUUCUGCGCGUUCAACGGCGGAAACGACGUAUUUGUAGACAUCGGCGAUAAAUCCUGGGGUGUGCGCGCCUGUCAACAGUAUUUCGGCGGUAUCGACCGAUCCCGUACUCUCCACAUUGGCGACCAGUUCUUGUCGGCUGGCGCCAAUGAUUUUAAGGCACGAUUGGCUUCGACAACAGCCUGGAUCGCUAGUCCGGCGGAAACAGUCCAGCUUUUGGAUGAGUUGGCGAUUAUUGAGAAAUAAUCUGUCUUCAUUCAUUACAUAUUUUCACGUUUAUUGUUCUAUUCUUCUCGGAUUUUUGAUUUAUAAGCAUUACGAUUUCUUAGUUUUGUUGUCACUGUUUGUUGGUUUCGGGUUCAUUGAGCGAGAGUAGGUUUGUCUAGGGGUUUGCAUGAUUUGCUGGAUAUACAUUACAUGAAUUACGCCAUAUAGGUUCGGAUACGAUGUUUAUUAAUGCGGACAGCUAUGAGGAGCGAUUUGAAUAAGGGAGAUCAUAAUUUUCAU